AUGGUUCCCUGCUGUUUCCUUGUGGCCGUGCUGGCCCCUCUGGUGGUAGCCCUGGAACAGUCUCCAGACAUGGUGAUAAAGGAAGGCCAGUCCGUGAAUCUGGAAUGUUCCCAGAAGAAAUCCUCCAGCACAGCUAUGUACUGGUUCAUGCGGCCUUCAGGGAAGAAUUCCAGUCUGACCCUACUGGCAUCUGCAAUAGAACGUAGUAACGCAGCAGUGGAGAAGGGAUUUGAGAGCCAUUUCAAGAGCAGCGACAUCAAAGGAGACAGUAUCACCCUCACAAUAGAACGUGCCUUUCUCAAUGACUCUGGCACAUACUACUGUGCAGAGGGUGAGCACAGUGCUGCUAUUUCUGAUUUUAACCUGCACUCCACUGAGUUCCCCUUACUUAACUCCAGUCAACCCUGCUCACGAUAG